AUGCUCACGAAGGAACCUCGUGCAGAAACCAGAACUGAUUGUCUUGCAAGAUUGUGUAUAUCUAGGUUGAAAGAUGGUCAAUAUGAAUGUAAAGAUUUUUUUGAUGACCACAACCAUGAUUUGCAUACACCAGCAACUGUUCAUAUGAUGCGAUCUCAACGCCAAAUCUCAAAUAUAGUUGCCCAUGAAAUAGAUUUGGCUGAUGAUUCCGGUAUCAGGCCCAAAGCCACUUUUGAUUUGAUGGGCAUGCAAGUAGGUGGUAGCGAAAACCUAGGUUGCACCAGGGUAGAUCUUAAUAAUUACCUUCGAACCAAACGUCAGCGUGAUCUAGCCUUCGGUGAAGCUGGGAGUUUGCUAGCAUAUUUUGAAGACCAGACAAGGAACAACCCAUCAUUUACAUACUCUUUGCAACUGGAUAAUGGAGAACAGAUAACAAACAUAUUUUGGGUAGAUCCGAGGAUGCUCAUUGACUAUGCACUAUUUGGUGAUGUUGUUAUCUUUGACACUACGUUUUGCACAAACAAGGAGUACAGGCCUUUUGGAAUUUUUGCAGGAUUCAACCAUCAUAGGGGUGUGACCAUAUUCGGAGUUGCACUACUGUAUGAUGAGACAAUUCCUUCCUUCAAAUGGUUGUUUGAGACAUUCUUGGAGACUCAUGGACAGAAGAAGCCCAAAACCAUUUUUACUGAUCAAGAUGCUGCAAUGGCAAGGGCAAUAGGUGAGGUUUUACCUGAAACAUGGCAUGGAUUAUCUACCUGGCAUAUAAUGCAGAAUGGGAUAAAACAUCUUGGUAAUUUGAUGAAGCAUGGAUCAUCAUUUCUUAAGGAUUUGAAUAAAUGCAUAUUCAAAUAUGAAAAUGAAGAGGAAUUUGAGAAUGCAUGGAAAAUUUUGUUGGAUGAUUACCAACUUGAGAAUAAUUCAUGGUUAGCUCGGAUUUAUAGUAUUAAACAUAAAUGGGCACGUUGUUAUAUGAAAUACACUUUCACACUUGGGGUGAGGAGCACACAACUCAGUGAAAGUAUUAAUAGUGAUUUGAAAGAUUAUUUGAAACCCACAUUGGAUCUUGUAUGGUUUUUUAAGCAAUUUGAAAGGGUUGUGGAGGAUAAACGUGCUAAUGAAUUGAAGGCUGAGUUUGAAGCAAGAAAUACACUUCCUAGGACCAUGGGUUGCAACGCACCAGUGCUGAGACAAGCAGGAAAAGUUUAUACCCCUUACAUAUUUAAUGAAUUUAGGAGGGAGCAUGACAUGUUUCUUGCUUGCUCUGUAAAAGAUCGUACUGUAAAUGAUGUCUUCCACUAG